AUGGCUUCUCUGAACACCUCGACCAACGGACCUUCGAUCUCCAAGAGCUAUCAGUCCGUUGUCAACGCUCCUCCUCCAACCGGUCCAACCGCCGCUUCGCCCACGUAUGGUCAAUGGGCCGUCUUUUCGGUUUCGGCUCCUCUUGCCAAUGCUUUUCAGCAGGAUUCGGGAAAUAAAGAGAGCGUGUUAAAGGUACAAAGCACGGGAGAAGGCGAGCUGGUCGAUCUGAUUGACGAAUUCUCCGAUGGCCGCAUCCAAUUUGCCUUUGUCAAGGUCAAAGACUCCAAUACGGGUCUUCCCAAAAGUGCCCUCAUUGCCUGGUGUGGUGAAGGCGUUCCCGAACGAACCAAAGGCUAUUUCACGAGCCACCUGACUACAGUUGCCAAAUUAUUGCAUGGCUAUCACGUCCAAAUCACUGCGAGAUCAGACCGUGACCUCACCCCCGACAGUAUCAUCCAGAAAGUCGCGGAUGCCUCAGGUUCUAAAUACUCUUCAAGCACCUCUGCUGCGGCAGCUCCUCCUCCAGUUGCUGCAACCAAGCCCACUAUUGCCUCAAAACCUGUCUUUACCCCUACCCAGAGUACUGGAGUUUCCACCGGUUAUAAUCCUGUAGCACGCAAUCUGCCCAGAAAAGAUGCCAAUGUGGAUGAGGAUGGAUGGGGCGCGGACGCUCCUCCGGUCACGAGAACGCAGUUGGAGAAAGUAGCACCGGCCUAUCAGCCUACAAAGGUCAAUAUGAGAGACCUUACAACACAAAGGUCUGCUCCGCCACCCUUCACCAGCAGCCAGACGGACGAUCGGCCUGAAGUGGUCAGAGGCGCGUAUCAACCAGUCGGGAAAGUUGACAUUGCGGCCAUUCGACGUCAAGCCCAGGAAUCGGGCGCCCUAAAAGACGACAGACCGGAGCCCGUCAAGGGUGCUUAUGAGCCUGUUGGCAAGGUUGACAUUGCGGCCAUUCGCGCCAAAGCGCAGAGACCCGAAGACUCGGCUGGCUUUUCGCGGCCGCCUCCUGUCUCAAGCCCAUCGACCGAUCCUUCGGAAGAACCAGAAAUGCCCCCUCGUUCGCUGGCGGAGAGAUCUGCGGUCUUUUCGCAAGGGCCUGAACGUUUGACGUCCCUUCCCAAGCCGAAAGUGGCCAACAAGUUUGGUGGUGGCUCGACUUUCACCGGAACAAAAGCACCGCUUCCCGGUGGUUUCGAGGCCAAACCUGUGGCACCGGCUGCCCCUGUGGGGACGGCGAGUAGAACGUUCGCUGACCAAGGUGGGAAGACACCUGCACAGCUUUGGGCUGAGAAGAAGGCUCGUGAGAGAGGUAUGAGCGGCUCGGGCGAACCGCCCGUAUCACCCUCUGGGUAUACCGGACAGCCUCCCAUCGCCACGCAAAGGAGCGGUGAAAGUGGCUGGAAAAGUGGCUAUACAGGCAAGACCUGGGCGCCUGUGCAAAUUACACAUACUGGCCGCAGCAGUAUAGGGCAACAAGUGACGGGUGAGGGCAUGAAGGCGGUCGAGGAAGAAGAGGCUCCAACUUCUCCAGCCGGGGGAAUCAGCUCACUUCGUGAUCGCUUCAGCGGAGCGCCGCCGAUGGGAGCGCCAGCGUCAUUCGACCGCGCACCGCCUCCGGCUCCGGAACCGGAUACAAGUAGCAAACCCAACCGUGGCAUUCCAAUUCCGGGCCUGCCCCUGUCGAGGCCCAUGGAGGAAGAGUCGGCACCGGGAUUGCCUCCACCACCUGCUCAACCACGAAGUCCAACCCCCGAGGAGGAGCCAGAGCCUCGUAGUGGCUCUCCUAUUCGCAUAGCUAUGCCAGUCAGCGCCUCCGCGCAUGUUGCCGAUGCACAUGAGGAGCAACUAUCUCCUCCGCCCGUGAUGCCGGCGACUUCGAUGGCGCGGGCGAUUCCCACACCAGCAGCACACGAGGAUGAUGAAGCAGCUCGAGAGCCAGAUUUGGGAAGAACGGUAGCCGUAGCAGCGGCAGCCAGUACUCUAGGCUCUGCGGCGAUUGAGUCUGCUCCUGCACCCGCCCCUACGGCUGGAGGUGAACGGGCUCGGGCGGAAUAUGAUUACGAGGCAGCGGAGGAUAACGAAGUAUCACUACGCGAAGGUGAAUUGGUCACGGAUAUUCAACGAAUUGAUCCAGAUUGGUGGCUGGUCAAGAACGAGGCGGGACAGACCGGACUUGUACCCAGCAAUUACCUCACCGUGUUAGAUGAUGGUGACGCUGGCGGUGCUCCAGCUCCAGCCCCAGUACCAGCUCCUGUCGCAGCAGCAGAACCAACUCCUCCAGCGCCAGCUCCGGCAGCCGCUGGGGCCAAAGGGGCGACAGCAACGGCCCUCUUCGACUACGAGGCUGGGGAAGACAAUGAGCUGUCAUUCCCGGAGAAUGCGAUCAUCACCAAUGUGUCAUUUCCCGACGAAGACUGGUGGCACGGCGAGUACAACGGUCAUGCUGGACUUUUCCCUGCCAAUUAUACGAAACUAAACGAUUGA